AGCUAAGAACAGCUCAGAAUAUUCGCAGUUCCAUUUCACAUACCUCUCAAGAGACAUGUCUGUGGAAACCCUUGGAAAAAGCAGAACAGAACAGUUGAGGUUUUGGGCGGGGAACAAAGUCAAAGAUUUGCUCGGCUAUUCUGAAGACACUGUAGUAACAGCUGCUAUCGCAUGUCUCGGUCGUAGACUGACUGAGGGGCAGACGAAGGAGCAGCUCAACCCUUUGUUAGAGGAGGAAACUGGGAAAUUUGUGGAGGAGCUCUAUCUCAGACAUCAGCAGCUUCUCGAAGACAAGAAGUACGACACGAAGGAAAUAGCUACAAUUCAACAACAGCCAAAAAUAAAAAAACGAGGAAUAGAAGAUGUGUUUGGUGACGAUGUAGAAGAUAGCAUGGACUACAGUUCCAGGAAGGUCUCCAAGAUGAGGCUACCGCACGAACAAGAGGAGGAGACUAGGCUCAUACAGACGGAUCUUACUCCUGCUGAGCAAAGGGCGUUUGAUGAAAUGGCGAUGAAACAGAUCAACAAAUUGCGGGAGAAGGUGCAGAAAGAUGAGGAUAGGAAGCGAUCGAAGGACUCAAUAAACAAGGACGGGGCUAAAGCCUACCUCACUGAAGCCAUGGCGAGUAAAGACCGGGCCUCAGUGCUUCAAGCCAAAAUAAGCCAGCGAAUGGCGACCCUGAAUUUACCUGGCAUAGCCAAAGCUCCUGUCCUGGAUAAAGAAGGGAGAACAUUGGACUCUUCUGGAAAAGCUAUUUCUGUAAUCAAACAUGAACCUACUCUCAAGGUUAAUCUUCGAGAGUCAAAGAGGAAAAACUUCAAGAUGGAAAAACCAGACGAUAAUUUGACUGUCACUAACCCAUACUUUGAUCCUCGAAUGAGAAUCAAAGGAGCUACUCGUCAGCCAAAAGCCAUGAAGUUUAAUGAGUCUGGGAAAUAUAUCCAGUUAGCACAGAAGCAGCGCGCCCACAGCAAGUUGGAGGAACUGCAGAAACAAAUCGCUGCUACCGCUAAAAAGACCGGUAUCUCCACCGUUGCUAAACGCGUUAUGCUUAGUGACAAUAACCUUUCGAAAGAAGACCCUGUCCCGGAGGUAGAAUGGUGGGACAAGUUCAUCCUGGUGUCCGAGAACUACGAGAACUGCGAAACUCCAGUCUCUCAAGAGGAACUCACUAGAUCUGUAGCGUCUCCUAAGUACAGGGAGAUAACGCAUCUCAUCGAACACCCCUUAUCUAAACCCCCACCAGGGGCAGCUGAAACUGCGCCACCCUUGUCUGUUGUGCUGACGAAAAAAGAGAGGAGGAAACUGAGAACUCAGAGGAGGUUGGAGCGACAGAGAGAAGAGCAGGAGAAGAUUCGACUGGGUCUCAUGCCACCACCACCUCCCAAAGUGCGUAUUGCAAACCUGAUGAGAGUCCUGUGCUCGGAAGCAGUGCAAGAUCCCACAAAAGUGGAGGCCACAGUCCGUGCACAAGCUGCCGAACGUCAGAAAAAACAUCAGAAAGCAAAUUCUGAGCGACAACUGACAAAGGAACAACGCGGUGCCAAGAAGAUGGCUAAACUUUCUGAAGAUACUUCUCAAGGCGUCCAUAUAGCAGUUUUCAGGAUAGACAAUCUGAGUAAUCCGCAGCACAAGUACAAGGUAGAAACUAACGCUACACAGUUCAUGUUUACUGGCCUCAUGCUGCUUUCCAAGGAUAACAAUAUUGUUAUCAUCGAGGGUGGGCCCAAAGGUCUCCGCAAGUUCAAACGCUUAAUGAUGAUCAGGAUGAAGUGGGAUGAGGACGUGCGAAACAGAAAAAAUCAAGACGAUGAUAAAAGGCCGAAGAAUAAGUGCAAGCUAAUUUGGGAGGGAACUCGAAAGACUAGAUUUUUUUCAAAAUUCGCCACUAAACUUAUCACUGGUGAUCCGUCCGCUGCCAAAGAGUACCUCGCCAAAUACAACUGUCAAAACUUUUGGGACCUCGCCGUGUGCGAAAGUAUUGUUUCCGAAGAAGUUUGAGGCUUAAUUGCUGGAGUUAUGACAAGAAUGGAUCCCAUUUCUGAUUUAUUACGAACGCUGUGGACCAUGAGAUCAAGCUAUCGUUUUCUUGGAAGAUUCUAGGAUUUAGUGUUUAACCGUCCAUUAAAUGGUUACGUAUUUUUGUGCUACCCUUAAAUUUGCCAAGAGUUUCAUAUACUGCAAGGCAAAAUUUUGAUUUGCGACGAGCUGAACAUGAACUAUUUAUAUUUUACACAUUUAUGACUUCUUACAUUCAGAAUUACAAUCUAUGAUUAAAAUGUGAUAUGUUGUGAUUUCAUCACAAGGCUUAA